GAGAGAGAGUGUGUGGGAGUGGGUGCGCAAAAGGGAAACACGGAAAAAAAGAAAAAGACGGGGAAUAUAGUGGGCUCUCUCUGUCUUAGCAGCCGGAGGUCUGCUGCAAUGGCUGCCACUUCUGCUGGAAAAUCAUCCAUUUCUUCUCCUCCACCUCCUACUCAAUCCUUCAAUUUCUCUUCUGAUCCUCCUCCUAAACUUGUUCUCUCUAAAGAUCAGUUAUUCUACUCCUCUGAUGCCAUCAAAACAUUGAAGGAGAAGACUGGAUCUCCCGAUAAGAUUGAACAGGAAUUCGAUCGCUUGCAGGCCAACAGAUUUAAGAAAGUUGCUGUGACACAAAGCUGCAGAGAAGCUCUUCAGAAUGUCAAUCUGUCCAAAAACCGUUACACAGAUGUCAUCCCAUUUGAUGAAAACAGGGUUGUGCUCAAGUCAUCCAAGGGUACCAGAUCAUCAGGAAGGGAUUAUAUCAAUGCUAGCUUUGUCGAGGUUGGUUCCAGUGAAUCCAUUUCACAGUUUAUAGCCACACAAGGUCCGCUACCACAGACUUGUGAAGACUUCUGGGAGAUGGUAAUCCAGUAUCACUGCCCAGUUAUUGUAAUGCUUACUCGGUUGGUCGACAAUUACAAGACUGUCAAAUGUGGAGAUUAUUUUAAUUCGGAAGAUAGGCCAAGAGAAUUUGGUAAUAUUCAAGUCACCACGAAAUGGACAAGAAAAACUGACACUUCAUUAGUCUUACGUUGUUUGGAGGUGAAGUAUAAACAGUCAGAAGAGCCUGUCCACACUGUCCUUCACAUUCAAUAUCCUGGAUGGCCUGAUCAUGGAGUCCCGAACGACACACUUGCAGUUCGUGAAAUUGUGAAAAGGAUAUAUCACAUACCCCCUGGUCUCGGCCCCAUAGUUGUCCACUGCAGUGCAGGUAUUGGGAGAACGGGUGCAUUUUGUACAAUUCUUAAUACGAUCCAAAGAAUCCUUGAUGGAAAUAUGACUGCUGUAAAUCUUGGUGAUACUGUCAGCAUCUUCAGAUCUCAGCGUAUCGGAAUGGUGCAAACAAUGGAACAGUACAUUUUUUGCUAUAAUGCCAUAAUUGAUGAGUUGGAGGAUCUUACAUCAGACUCCAAUAUUUAGCAAGAGGAACUCCUCUCAGGAAUGGGCUACAAUGUGAUGGCGAUUCUUUGACAGUUCUGGUAAGGGAAAUUUGAUACUCCAAAGGUUCAUAUACUAAGUAAUGCAUUUGAGAAGUGGCGCAUAAUCAUUCAUACAUAUUUCAAGGAGGAUGGUAUUCUAAAUUUGUUAGGCCCAUGAAUCUAAAAGCAGGCGACGAGGUUGGAAAUAUGUUGUGUAAUCCUAAGACUAAUUUCUUUGUUUUCAAGCUACUGAACAAACACGCUUGAACUGUGAAUGUUAAUUUAUCUCAUGCUAAUUUUGUUUGUGAUGAUUUUUUUUUGUAAUUGUUGGAUUCAUGUGACUAAGUUUAUUUAGUUCUUCAGACGUUGUUUUUGUCAGUUA